GCCUCCAUCAAAUCUCUCAGCUUCCUCGUCCUUCGGAAGGACUAAAUUGGGUCACGAUAAAUACGUCAGGCAAUUCGGUGAAUUCUCUUGUGAUCGAUUUUGUCCCGAAUAGAUUCGAAUAGAUCUCAGAAGAUCCCUCUUGGCUUCGAUGCGAGACCAGCUUCGAAUGGCCGCGAAGCACUUUCAUACAUUCUCAUCUUCCUCCUGAACCUUUGUUUGAAACGGCAAGAAGAAGAGUCAGAGGCCAGUCAAACAUUCUCACACCUCACAGCUCACUCAACAAAUCGAUACUCAACAGAACCUAGAUCAACCAUGUUGGCGGCUAGACUUUCCAGUCGACGGGCUGCUUCCUCUCUGGGAGCUAAUUCCACCAGAGCGUUUACAUCGACCAGUCCCAUAAUGGAACAAUUUGACGUUACUGUCGUCGGUGGAGGCCCUGGAGGAUAUGUGGCUGCCAUUAAAGCGUCUCAAAUGGGAUUAAAGACAGCCUGUGUGGAGAUGAGAGGUUCUCUUGGAGGUACCUGUCUGAAUGUUGGAUGUAUCCCCUCGAAGGCUCUCUUGCAGUCUUCUCACCAUUUCCACGAUGCCAAAGAACACUUUGCCGACCACGGUAUCAACAUUGGUGAUAUCUCCAUGGAUCUCGACAAAAUGCAAGAUGCCAAGUCCAAAUCUGUUGACGGAUUGACUGGAGGAAUCGAGUACUUGUUCAAAAAGUACGGUGUCGAAUACUACAAAGGAAAGGGAUCCUUGAAGGGACCCAAUUCGGUCUCGGUCGUCAAAAAUGAGGAUGGAGCCACCGAAGAAAUCGACACUAAGAAUAUCCUGAUUGCCACUGGCUCUGAAGUAACGCCUCUUCCUCCCGUGCCAGUCGACAAUGACGGACAGAAAAUUGUAGACUCGACAGGUGCCUUGGAAAUCAAGAAAAUUCCAGGUAAGAUGGCCGUGAUUGGCGGCGGAGUCAUUGGUCUAGAGAUGGGAUCCGUGUGGUCCCGAUUGGGAGCCGAGGUGACUGUCAUUGAAUUCCUGGAUAAAAUCUGUCCUUCCAUGGAUCAAGAGUUGACCAAAAAAUUUCAAACAACUCUCAAAAAGCAGGGCUUCAAAUUCAAGCUUAAGACCAAGGUCACAAAGAGCGAGGUUGAAGCCGAUGGAGUAGUGUUGACAACCGAACCAUCCAAGGGUGGAGAUGAAAAAACAGAAAAAUACGACAUUGUCUUGGUGGCUACCGGUCGUCGUCCAUACACCGAAGGGUUGGGAUUGGAAGAGCUGGGUAUUCAAACCGACAAACUGGGACGUAUUGAAGUCGAUGAACACUUCCGAACGGCUGUUCCGUCCAUUUAUGCCAUUGGUGACUGCAUCGAUGGACCCAUGUUGGCUCACAAAGCGGAAGAGGAGGGCAUUGCGGCUGUCGAAAUCAUGGCAGGUUUUGCGGGACACGUCAACUACGAUGCCAUUCCAGGAGUUAUCUAUACUUAUCCCGAAGUUGCCUCGGUGGGAAAGACCGAAGAAGAGCUGAAGGAGGCAGGUAUUGCAUACAACAAAGGAAACUUCCCAUUCUCAGCCAAUUCGCGUGCCCGUGCCAAUGGUAGCUCCGAAGGCUUCGUUAAGGUCUUGGCCGAGAAAGACACUGAUCGAAUCCUCGGAGCUCACAUCAUUGGGCCCAAUGCCGGUGAAAUGAUUUCAGAAGCCGUGAUUGCCAUUGAAUAUGGAGCGAGCUCGGAGGAUUUGGCAAGGACAUGCCACGCACAUCCAACCUUGAGCGAGGCUUUCAAAGAAGCUUGUAUGGACACAUACGACAAGCCAAUUCACUUUUAAUGUUUGCGUGAGAAUGGGUGUGGAGACCGAGGAGGCCGCGUGUUUGGCUGAGUAUACAGUUGAGCUCUCGUGACCCUCUAGGACCCUUAGUUUUGGCAUCAAUGUGAUAAAGAGUGAUUUUCCCUUCCAGUAUACAAAGUAGCCCGUUUGACGCGACUUAUACUCUAGCUUGUUUGCCCCGCAGUGAAGAGAAGAGUCAUCUUUGUCCCGUGUAGCCGAGCUCAAGUGCAACCCGUCUGCUCUUCGAACCAAGGUAAGCGGCACAGUACAGGUACAGGUAGGUAUUACUACAAGCGCAAGAUGCAAUCCUUGCCAACUUUUCCACCUAAAUUGAUA